ACCCUUUUUUUGGCGUUGUACUGUUCUCAUAUCCCAUAUAAAUACCAACCAAACCCUCACCAUUCUCCCCAUGCCAGCCUCAUCUCUCUUCCAAAAUCUCUGUGUAAAAAUCUUUGGCUAUGGCUAUGGAGUACUUCUCCAAGUUUUUCUUUUUUGUUUUGCUCAUUUUGAGUAACUUUAUACAAAUUACAGUCCAAGAGAACACUCUUUCUUUUUCUUUCCCUUUAACCUCAGCCCCUCUGUCGAAAAAUUCUUCUUACAAAGCAGUUUUAAGGGCUUCUCUUUUUACAUCCCAACCAGCUCGUAAAGCAAUGGCGCAGAAGGCAGUUCCAGGGUCAUCAUCAUACAACUAUAAAUCAUCAUUCAAGUAUUCAAUGGCUCUGAUUGUUUCUCUCCCAAUUGGGACCCCACCUCAGACUCAACAAAUGGUGUUGGACACGGGCAGUCAGCUUUCAUGGAUUCAAUGCCACAAGAAGUCACCUAAAAGGCCACUUCCACCUCCCACGACGUCGUUUGAUCCUUCUCUUUCUUCUUCUUUCUCUGUUCUACCUUGUACUCACCCGCUUUGCAAGCCACGGAUUCCCGAUUUUACCCUCCCUACUUCGUGUGACCAGAACCGCUUGUGCCACUAUUCUUACUUCUAUGCGGACGGGACACUGGCCGAGGGCAAUCUCGUCAGAGAAAAAUUUACAUUUUCUCGUUCCCAAAGUACCCCUCCUUUAAUUCUUGGAUGUGCCACAGAAUCUGCCGAGGCCAAGGGUAUUUUGGGGAUGAAUCAUGGACGGUUGUCAUUUGUCUCCCAAUUAAAGAUCCCAAAAUUUUCUUAUUGCGUGCCACAGAGACAGGGCCGUGUCCAAACAAUGCCCACGGGAACAUUUUAUCUUGGCCAAAAUCCCAAUUCGCAUACAUUUCAAUAUAUCAGUCUUUUGACUUUUCCUCAAAGUCAACGUAUGCCCAAUCUUGAUCCCCUAGCCUUUACCGUCGGACUGCUGGGAAUACAAAUUGGUGGCAAAAAAUUGAACAUCCCUGAGGGCGUUUUCCGGCCAAACGCAGGUGGUUCUGGCCAGACAAUGAUCGAUUCCGGCACCCAAUACACGUUUCUAGUGGAUACUGCGUACUCUAAAGUACGAGAAGAAGUAAUGAGACUAGCAGGCCUCAAAUUAAAGAAAGGGUAUGUUUACGGAGGUUCACUGGACAUGUGCUUUGAUGGCAAUCCGAUCGAGAUCGGACGGCUACUAGGUGACAUGACUUUUCAAUUCGAAAAGGGUGUAGAAAUAUUAAUUAGCAAGGAGAGAAUUUUAGAUCAAGUAGAAGGUGGGAUCCACUGUGUCGGCAUCGGACGAUCCGAAUCUCUUGGAGUUACAAGUAACAUCAUAGGUAAUUUUCAUCAACAAAAUCUAUGGGUGGAAUUUGAUAUGACCAAUCGACAAGUUGGAUUUGGAAAAGCUGAUUGUAGCAAAGCCGUAUAAUGGUGACUUUGAAAAUGGUGUUUAAUCUGGUACAUACGCAGUGUUAAUGUAGUAUGUCUGAAAAACGAGGUACAUAUAAUCUGUGGCAUGAUAAAGUUGAUAAUAUAUACUGUGUACGUACGUUGUGUUAAAUGAAAUAUAUGUAAUCAUGUGUGUAUAUCACUUAAUCCAUUUGUAGGCAUUACUUGAUGCCAUGUCAUGCAUGUCAAUUUUCCUCGGAUGGAUGGAUGUCUUUGUACAAGAGUUAUUCAUGAUAUUAUGUUUCCAUGUAGCAGCUAUAUCUUUAUUUAGACCAA